AUGAACUCUACUGCGAAUUUGGACUACUUUAAACAGGAACAGGAUGAUGCUUCAUGGUCACCUAAUUCUUCAGAUACAUCUGCUCCUCACUCUCCAAAUUCGAUUUCCGACCCUGAUUAUAAUGUAUAUCACGUGCCAAGGGGCUAUGACGUACUAUUGGUUCCAUUAAAACUUGAAGAUGAACAUUCAAUUUCUGAUGCUCAGGUUACUUCUUCCUCUCAAGGAGUUCCUUUAAACAAUGCUUCUAAACCGAUGGAUAUUCCAAAGUCUGAUAAGAAUUAUAUUCCUCGUCCUAAAAAUUGUUUCAUGGCCUAUCGUGAACAUAUAAAAGAAAAGUUUUUGGCUGAUAACCCCGGUAUGAAUAAUAAAGUUGUAUCUAUUCAUGCUGCUAAUAUGUGGAAUAAUGAACCUGAGGAUGUUAAAGAGUAUUGGCGAGAACGUGCUAAGCAACUCAAAUUAGAACAUAAACUUAAAUAUCCUGACUACAAGUUUAAACCUCAAAAGAAGAAGCAAAAUUUGAAAACUCCUGGUAACACUAAAGCUAUAACAAAAGUCAACGGUCGUAAAAAAGCUGACCCAAAAAUUGUUUUUACUGAUGGUUAUGCUAAUCCUGAUGAUGGAAGGCAUAUUUAUCCCGUAAACUUGGAAGGUGCUGAUGAUCAAGAGGAAAUUUUUUAUCCUCAUUUACAAAAGAAAGCUCUUUUCGGACAUUAUAGAGCUUCUUCUGUAGACUCUGCUAGUUCUUGGACAAGUGAUUCGACAGUUUCUACUCCUUUGCUUUCUCCUUUUGUAGGUUCUCCUGCGUCUUUAUCUCCUCCUUCUAUCCAAUCUGGUAAUCAUUUAGGAAGGUCUGCCUUGCGUUAUGAGGCUGCACAUGUUCCUCAUAAUGGCUCUGUUAAUGGUACUGUUAACGGUCCUGUUAAUGGUAAUUUAUUAUUGUCUUCGGCCCCGACAAUAUAUAUAGAUCAAUUAAACCAAUUAUACAAUAGUCAGAUGGAUAUAAACGCUCGUGGGAAUAUACCUGUUGAUGAUGGUUUCAUGCUUGAUUCAUCUUCUUCAUUUUUCCAAUGUUCUUUACCAUCUGUUGAGAUGUCAGCUAAUGAUUAUGAAUUGAUGGCUAUGGGACAUUAUCCUGUUUCUCCUAUCGAAGAAGAGAGUGGAUUUUUCAAUGAUUUCGAUGGUGUCGGAUCUACUUUUAAUCAAAAUGUUUUUGAUUCUUCAUUUGGUCUUUCAUCUUCUCUAGAGUCUCAAUCAGCUCAUGAUCAACAUUAUGCGUUUGCUCUUGAAACGCCUAGGCGUAAUUCUCAGCAACUUUUAUCUGAGUUUCAGAAUGGUUUAAAACAGCAAGAGAUGCUGUUACAAGGAUUGUUGACGGAAAAUUAG